AUGCAGAAACCUAACCUCGGCAACAACCAGAACGACAACCAAGAUGAUAACUAUCUACAUGAUGAGGAGGCUAAUGAUAUCCCAUUCACUGAGAGGCUCAUGAACUUAGCUAUUCCGCCGAGAUUCAAGGGUACCAGGAUACCCCCGUACGACGGAAGUCAAGACCCAGAAGCCCUUUUGGAGGCUUUCAAGACCGAGAUGUUGUUCAACGGGAUCACUGGACCCAUUAAGGCAAGGAUUUUCGCAACGACUCUGACAUGUCAGGCGAUGGCUUGGAUAACCAGGCUACCCAGGAACUCGAUCGACUCAUUCGAGGAUCUAGCCCGGACUUUCCGACUAAACUUUGCAACAAGCAAGGUGCACCCAAUGCCAGCCUAUGCUUUGGGAAGAAUCCGGCAAAAGGAGAAUGAAACGCUGAGGAAAUACCUCGAUAGGUUUAAAGAUGUCGCCCUUAAGGUUCAGGGUUUAACCGAGGCAGUACACCUCCACCUGAUCAUAUCGGGAUUGGAUGGCGACUCUCCACUCGCGAAGUCCAUCUAUAAGAACCCGGUUAAUGAUUUGGAAGAGUUCCAACGAAGGUCGGAUAAAUACAUUGACGUGGAAGACAUGCAAAAAGUCUAUAUGGAAUCCCGUGGACGAAGUCCGACACGUCGGAGCCCGAGUAAGAAAAACAACAAAGAUCGAAACCAGAGGGGAUCGAAGAAAGCAAAAGACUCUCGUGAUAAGAGGUCGGAAGAUCAGUCUCCGAGGAGGAAAUAUGAUGAUUAUACACCUUUGAACAUGUCCAGAGCCAGGAUAUAG